ACUGCUGUUGGCGAGCACUCAAUUAAUAGUGUGUGGUCGACUGUUGUUUCUCUAAAGCUGCUAGCUAGCUGGGCCCUACAAGAUACUCGCAUGCUGGAUAGAGGUCUGGAUACAAGUUGAAGCACUCGGUGUAGUCAUGGCUUCUGGAACACGCACCCCACAAGAACCCCUCUGUCUUCACGUGUUGGUUGUCUCUGCUAGCGGACUCAUUAAGAAAGACUUAUUUGGGAUAUCAGAUCCAUACGUCAAGCUCUCUCUGAAGAGACAACACAAGACAGUUCAGUCCGACUCAUCCAAGAAGAAGAAAAAGACAUUGAAUCCAGAAUGGAAUGAGAGAUUCGUCUUUGGCAACAUUAACAUGGAACUGGACUCCCUCAUGUUUGAAGUGUUCGAUAACAACAGAUUGACACGAGACAAUUUCCUGGGGAAGCUCCACUUCAAGCUCCAGCACCUGCCCAUAGAUAUGAAGAAGGUAGACAUCAGACUCCAUGGCAAUGCUGCCACCUACCCCCUCAAGCCAAGGAGUCGCAAGUCCCGUGUGGGCGGUACGCUGACUGUCAAGUUCCUCUACUUCAACCACCCUCCUCCAAGGGCAGCUUCCAACACUGCCAGCAGUGUUAACCUAGCGUCUCUAGUGGAAGGAGCUACUGGUAGAGCUAGCCCUGGUGACCACACCCCCAGUCCCCUCAGCCCCUCGGCAGCAGAGAGACAAGCUAGUGGAGACUGGGACCCAGAGGAGGCUGACCCACUGCCUGAGGGCUGGGAGGAGAGGCAGGACGCUAAUGGACGUACCUUCUAUGUAGAUCACAGCUCCAGACGGACACAGUGGCAUCGACCAACCAGGAACAGUGAACAGGACACACGACAAAGGACUGCCCAGUUUGUUGAUGACAGGCGGAGGAUGAUGGCAGCCACACUGGCUAGGAGGAACCCAGGCAUGACCACCGGAGAUUCUGUGCUGGAUUUGUCUGGCUCUAUGCGGGAACUGAACACCUCCAACUCCAGGAGCAGUCUGUCCUCAACAGGGACCACCACACCACCUCCUCUUCCUCCUCGCAACUCCAUCACACAGCCUCAGAUGUCCCGCCCACGUACACCCUCCACACAAAGCCACUCCCCCCUCCUCCGCACACAACUAUCGACAGUGGAGGAGAGCCUACCUACUGGCUGGGAGAAGAGAAUGUCUCCCUCAGGGCGGCCAUUUUAUAUCAACCACUCUGCAAGGAAGACACAAUGGGAAGCUCCUCAGAGCCUUAGUAACAGGCCAGUGUCGAUGAUAGCACUCCCAGUAACCCCUAGCAACAAUAGCGUUGGUGGCCCACGUUCUAGCAACACUAUACCAACUCCUCCCAGUUCCUCCCAACCUUUGACCUCUGACCCCCCACCAGUGAACCCUGCUGACCUUGGACCAAUGCCAGCUGGCUGGGAAGUAAGAAUCCUGUCUGAUGGUAGGAACUUCUACAUUGACCAUGCGACACGCUCCACUCAGUGGGAGGACCCUCGACUGAUCAAACUCAAGAAACAAGCCGCUGCAACCAUUCCCUACUCUCGAGACUACAAACAAAAGUAUGAGAACUUCAGGAAACAACUUCUUUCCAAGAAACCAGAUAAUCUCCCCCGUAUUUUUGAGAUCCCUGUACGAAGGAACCACAUCUUCGAGGACUCUCAUCGUGCUAUCAUGUCCUGUAAGAAUAGGGACCACCUCAAGACAAGGCUCUGGGUUAAGUUUGAGGGAGAGAAGGGGCUGGACUAUGGGGGCGUGUCCAGGGAGUGGUUCUUCCUCUUAUCACACGAGAUGUUCAACCCUUACUAUGGACUGUUCGAGUACUCUGCAAGUGACAACUACACGCUCCAAGUGAACCCUGACUCUGGACUGUGCAAUGAGAACCACUUGGACUACUUCAGGUUCACUGGACGUGUCCUAGCUAUGGCCGUCUAUCAUCAGAGACUCAUUGACGCUUUCUUCAUUCGUCCAUUCUACAAGAUGGUGUUGGGUAAGCGGAUCAACCUGGAGGAUAUGGAGGCAGUGGACACAGAGUUCUACAACAGUGUCAAGUAUAUCCUUGACAAUGACCCCUCUGACCUUUGUCUGACCUUUGAGGCCUCCCGGGAGUUCGUUGGACAGAUUGAGAAUAUUGAACUGAAGCCAGGUGGUGCUGACAUUGACGUAACCGAGAGCAACAAGAAAGAGUACGUUAGCCUCCUCAUGAAGUGGCGCUUUGAAGACAGAAUCUGCAAACAAAUGGAAGCAUUGAAAAAGGGCUUUGCUGACGUGAUCCCCCUCAAGACGCUUCAUGUGUUCGAUCAGCGGGAGAUUGAGUAUCUCCUUUGUGGACUAGCUGAGAUCAAUGUGGAUGAUUGGAAGAAGCACACAGUCUACUCUGCCGGCUAUACUGCUAAUGAUGAUGUCAUCAUUUGGUUCUGGAAAGCUGUGGAAAACUAUGAUAAUGAGUUACGAGCGCGUCUGCUCCAGUUUGUGACUGGUACUUCCAAAGUGCCCAUGAAUGGGUUUGGGGAAUUGCAAGGGAGCAAUGGACCUCAGAAGUUCUGUAUCAAGAAACUUGGUGAACCGACAUCACUACCAAGAGCACACACAUGUUUCAACCGUAUCGACCUGCCCCCGUAUCGAAGCUAUCACGAGAUGAAAGAGAAGUUAAGGCUAGCCAUAGAGAACACAGAGGGCUUUGAGGGAGUGGACUAAACCAGCACAUCACCUGCUGUUUGUUUGUACUUGUACUAUUUAUUUGUUUGAACAGACCAACUGUGCCGGGUGUUGACUGCCUCACUGAGUAGCUCAUUUUUUUAUAUUGUACGACUGCAAAACACUUUUGUGCUCAAUAAUAAUUAAUUCUAUUGAUUUUUUGUGUUUCAUGUUUAAUUUAUAUUGCUCAUUUGUACUUACGCUAUUGUUCUACAUAAUUAUUAUAAAUAUUUACUUGAAAAUGAA